GAAGAUGGCGGCUCCCAGCCUUCGAGCCGUGAGACCCGGGCCUCAGGCGGCGGCGGCGGCGGCUGCCGAGCCGGGCGGAAUGAUGGUGCUGCCGGGGUUCAAGGACGCGGACAGCUUCGUGAAGUUUGCUCUUGGUUCUGUGCUGGCUGCUACAAAAGCUUCCAAUGGGCUGCCACAGGCUGGAGAUGAGUAUGAUUUUUAUCGAAGUUUUCCUGGCUUCCGGGCAUUCUGUGAAACACAAGGAGACAGGUUACUUCAGUGUAUGAGUAAGGUCAUGCAGUACCAAGGCUGUCGUAGCCACAUUAAGGACCGGAGUAAAGUGACUGAGUUGGAGGACAAGUUUGAUUUGCUGGUUGAUUCCAAUGAUGUUAUUCUUGAAAGAGUGGGUAUUCUCUUGGAUGAAGCAUCAGGAGUAAACAAGAAUCAGCAGCCUAUCCUCCCUGCGGGAAUGCAGGUCCCUAAAACGAUUGUGUCCAGCUGGAAUCGUAAGGCAGGAGAGUAUAACAAGAAAAAACAGUCUGAAACUUUCCGACUGCUUCAUGCCAGGAAUGUCGUUCGGCCUCAGCUAAGGUUUCGAGACAAGGUGGAUAAUUCCAACACGCCAUUUGUCCCCAAAAUCUUCAUCAAGCCCAAUGCUCAGAAACCUCUGGCUCAGGCACUCACCAAAGAGAGACGUGAGCGACAAGAACGCCCUGAGGAUUUGGAUGUGCCGCCUGCCUUAGCAGAUUUUCUCUAUCAGCAGAGAACUCAGCAGAUUGAACAGGAUAUGUUUGCUCAUCCCUACCAGUAUGAACUGGAUCACUUUACUCCACCAGAGGCAGUCCUUCAGAAGCCACAGAUUCAGAUCUACAGACCUGUAGAAGAAACACCCUGCCAUUUUGUAUCCACCCUUGAUGAACUUGUGGAACUCAAUGAAAAACUCCUGAGUUGUAAAGACUUUGGUGUAGAUUUGGAGCACCACUCUUACAGGAGUUUCCUAGGUUUGACAUGCCUAAUGCAGAUUUCCACCCGAACAGAGGACUUCAUUAUUGAUACCCUGGAACUUCGAUGUGACCUGUAUAUUCUCAAUGAGAGCUUCACAGAUCCAUCCAUUGUUAAGGUCUUCCAUGGUGCUGAUAUGGACAUCGAGUGGCUGCAGAAAGACUUUGGGGUGUAUGUGGUGAACAUGUUUGAUACUCACCAGGCAGCUCGCAUCCUCAACCUUGGCAGGCACUCACUGGAUCACUUACUGAAACUCUAUUGCAACGUGGAAACAAACAAGCAAUAUCAAUUGGCUGACUGGAGGAUACGACCUUUACCUGAGGAAAUGUUUAACUACGCACGCCAUGAUACUCAUUACCUCCUCUACAUCUAUGAUAAGAUGCGUUCAGACCUGUGGGAACGAGCAAACGGGCAGCCAGCUCAGCUGCAGGUGGUGUGGCAGCGGAGCAGGGACAUUUGCCUCAAGAGGUUCAUCAAACCGAUUUUCACCGAAGAUUCGUACCUUGAGCUGUACAGAAAGCAGAAGAAGCAUCUUAGCACCCAGCAGCUCACAGCCUUCCAGUUGCUCUAUUCGUGGAGGGACAGAACAGCCCGGAGGGAGGAUGAGAGUUAUGGCUAUGUCCUGCCCAACCACAUGAUGCUGAAGAUAGCUGAGGAGCUGCCCAAGGAACCUCAGGGUAUUAUUGCUUGUUGCAACCCUGUACCUCCUCUGGUGCGGCAGCAAAUCAAUGAAAUGCACCUUCUGAUCCAGCAGGCCCGAGAGAUGCCUCUGCUCAAGUCUGAACUUGCAUCUGGAGUGAAAAAGAGCAGACCCCGACCUGCUCCUGAGAGAGUAGAAAAUGCUCUAUUUGGACCUCAUGACUAUUCCCGGGCUCCUCCAGAUGAUUAUCUAAAUGUCGCAGCCACAGGACCUGUGCCACUUCAGAAAAGGGCAGCCCUCUUCUCUGACAGAUAUGAAGAUGAGAACUUCUCACAUGCGGGCUGUCUUGUUGCUACUGCAGUCAUCACGUUAUUCAGUGAGCCUAGUGCUAACGAAGGUGGAGGGAGGCUGACUGUGGCACAGAAGAAGGCGCAGAGCAUCAUGGAGUCCUUUGAAAAUCCAUUCAGGAUGUAUCUGCCCCCGGAAGAGAACCGUGCCUACAUCUCACAGUCAGCAAAGUUUGACCCAAUGUCAAAAAUCUAUGAAAUCAGCAAUCGCUGGAAGCUGGCAAGCCAGGUACAGAUUAAGAAGGAGGCCCAAGAAGCAUUGAGAAAGAAAGCUGAGCAGACAGCUGCCCGAGAACAGGCAAAGGAAGAGUACAAAGCCACCGCCCAGCAGAUCAUCUCGGUCCGGCAGCAAGCUUUGCUAGAAAAUGCUAAGAAGAGGGAAAGGAUGGGAAGCGAGCCAGGGAGCCUGGACUCUAUACAAGAUAAGAAGAAGCUCAGAGCUUCCCAGCAGCCCCCAGAGCAGGAGCCGCCCCAGGACGUGAAAUUCACCCCCUACGACUACAGCAAGUCAGACUUCAAAGCCUUUGCUGCAAACAGCAAACCCAAACAGUCGUCCCAGUUUGAUCCAAACGUGCAGGACCCACCCGGCAAGAAAUGUGCUGCAGUAGGCAAACUGAAGCAGCCAGCGGGAAACAGAAGCAAAUCUUUCGUGUCUGGAAAAUCAGAGAGAGGCUUCAGGUACAGCUGGCCAAAGAGAUAGUGUUUGCGGCCCAGAGAUGGGAGAGGAGCACCUGGGACAGCGAGAGAGCUUUGGGCGGGUCACGGAGGUGCUCUUCUGUAUGGACCUCUUGUUGAAAUAUUAAACAAAGAAUUCUUA